AAGAGCGAGAGCGGGACGGCUCCGGUGGGGUGGACUCAGCGGCCAGGCCCCGGGAGCCAAUACCAGAGAGAGGAAAAGGGGAGAGGAAAGGAAGGGAGAAAAGAUAGUUGGGGGAAAGGAGAGGAGAAAAGAAAAAGGCAGAGAGGAAAGGGAAGAAAAGAAGGGAGAGGAAAAAAGUCUAAAAGAGUAGGGAGAAAAGCAGAGCGCAGGGGAGCGCAGCGCGCCCCGGCUUCCCGCCCUAGAACCCUGGGGAUCCGAGUCCGAGUCGGAGCGCAGAGAGCGGUGGCAGCCUAGGCAGUGGCGGCGGCGUCGAGAGCGCACGGCGAGAAACAUGGACUCCGGAGGCAAGCGGGUUACCGCCUCCCUCAUGCUGGCCGUGGGUGGUGCCGUCCUGGGCUCCCUACAAUUUGGCUACAACACUGGAGUCAUCAACGCCCCACAGAAGGUGAUAGAGGAGUUUUACAAUAGUACCUGGGUGAAUCGAUACAAUGAACCCAUACCAUCCACCACGCUGACCACAUUGUGGUCCCUCUCCGUGGCCAUCUUCUCCGUUGGUGGGAUGAUCGGCUCCUUCUCCGUGGGUCUCUUUGUCAAUCGUUUUGGCCGACGGAACUCCAUGCUAAUGAUGAACAGUCUGGCCUUUAUUGCUGCUGUGCUGAUGGGCUUCUCCAAAAUGGCCAAGUCCUUUGAGAUGCUGAUCUUGGGGCGCUUCAUUAUCGGCUUGUACUGUGGCCUCACCACAGGUUUUGUGCCCAUGUAUGUGGGGGAAGUGUCACCCACAGCCCUACGUGGAGCCUUGGGCACCCUUCACCAACUAGGCAUUGUCAUUGGCAUCCUCAUUGCCCAGGUGUUCGGCCUGGACUCCAUCAUGGGUAAUGAAGAACUGUGGCCCCUUCUCUUGGGUUUUGUCUUCAUUCCAUCCGUGAUCCAGUGCGCCUUGCUCCCCUUCUGUCCUGAGAGCCCCCGCUUCCUGCUCAUCAACCGCAAUGAAGAGAAUAAGGCGAAGAGCGUCCUGAAGAAACUUCGGGGAACCACUGAUGUGAGUAGCGACCUUCAGGAGAUGAAGGAGGAAAGCCGGCAGAUGAUGCGUGAGAAGAAGGUAACCAUCCUCGAGUUGUUCCGCUCGCCCAUGUACCGGCAGCCGGUCCUCAUCGCCGUGGUGCUUCAGCUGUCCCAGCAGCUGUCCGGGAUCAAUGCUGUCUUCUAUUACUCUACCAGCAUCUUCGAGAAGUCUGGAGUGGAACAGCCAGUCUAUGCCACCAUUGGUUCCGGGGUGGUCAAUACUGCAUUCACUGUUGUGUCGCUGUUUGUGGUGGAGCGGGCUGGACGCCGGACUUUGCACCUCAUUGGCCUAGCAGGCAUGGCAGGCUGUGCUGUGCUCAUGACGAUCGCCUUGACCCUGCUGGACCAGCUCCCCUGGAUGUCCUACAUAAGCAUCGUAGCUAUCUUUGGCUUCGUGGCUUUCUUUGAGGUCGGCCCUGGUCCCAUCCCAUGGUUCAUCGUGGCUGAGCUCUUCAGCCAGGGCCCUCGCCCAGCUGCCUUUGCUGUGGCUGGCCUGUCUAAUUGGUCCUCCAACUUUAUUGUGGGAAUGUGCUUCCAGUAUGUAGAGCAACUGUGUGGCCCCUACGUCUUCAUCAUCUUCACAGUGCUGCUCGUCCUCUUCUUCAUCUUUACCUACUUCAAAGUCCCUGAGACAAGGGGCCGGACCUUUGAUGAAAUUGCCUCUGGCUUCCGGCAAGGCGGAGCCAACCAGAGCGACAAGACGCCGGAUGAGUUCCACAGUCUGGGAGCUGACUCCCAAGUGUGAAGAGGGGGAGGGUGGUUGAUCAUCUCUUGACCGAGGGCUUGCCUGCUGGACCUCCUGAGCCCCAGGACCCUUCUCUCUCCUCCCCAUCCCUCUCUGGCCCUGCCCAGCCUCACCAUCCUGGACAAGAACAGAUUACUGGGGUUCCUUUUCCUCUGCCCCCCCUCCCCAGCCUGGAUCUCCAGGCAGAAAGAUCCAGCCAAGAGGCACUGACCAAGGACAAGCUGGGACUGGAGCUCUCUCCUUCAAGACUCUGCACAGGAGGAAAAAAGUCAGAGCUGAAUCUUUAGCAAACUUUUUUUUAAAAAAACUUUAAUUUUUUAAACAUUAAAUCAGCCUGAGUCCCCCCACCCUAGCCGGGCCACUAAGGGACAUGUAAACCAGAGUGUCUAUGGCAGAGGGGGUGGAGGAGACAUUCUCAGACCUAUUCCUUUCUCAUCCACUACACUAAUCUAUAGGGCUGGAUCUACAACCAAGGACAGACACACUAACCCAGCAUGAGUUCCCCCUUUCCCUGCUACAGCCUUCCAACCAUGCUCUCCUCCCCACUCCCCACCCCCAGAAGAAUCUCUGUCCAGGGGCUGGCUGGACAUACUCUGGGGAGCAGGGAAGGUUGGGAGGAGGGACACAGGCUCCGAAGCUGCCACCUUGCCACCAGCAGCCCCAAGCCAGGAGCUGGUUGCCAAACAGAACCUUGGAGGGAGGGGUAACAUACAGAACUAGCUGCCUGAGGGUGCUGACAGUGUCAAGAGACGUGGAUAUGUCUGGCCCGUGGUGUAUAGAUCAGAAGAUAUUUAUAUAUAUUAUAUAUAUAUUUGGUUGUUGUUAAUAGCAGUAAGUUAUAGCAUAUCUGAUGGACAGGACAACGUGUAAAUAACCCUGCACAUCCAUUCCCCAAUAUCUAAAGCUGAAAGGUGCACUUAUAAAGCCUGAUUUCUACA